GGAUGGUCCACCACUGUAUAUCAAGAUUUGGGAGACGCUCGCUAUUUUUCAUCUUUCUUUCUCUCUUAUAACAUCGUCUUUCCUUUCUCUCGGUUUAUCAUACGCGUUGCACGCGAACUUGGCCUCCACAUCCACCACUCUCUUUCCUGUCGAUCCUUCUCAGUACCAACGCAAUGACUCAAAAAUUGCUCGUGCUAUCGUCUCUCGCUCUGCUAACUAACGCGCAUAUGGCCGCGUUCCACAAGUCAAUGUAUUGCUUUAAUGGCACUGUGGCCGGCCAGGUCGAUUAUAACAAUGACGCCCCAGUCAGCCCCCUGUGGAUGCUGUCGGAGAGUGACUAUUGGUUUCAUCAUUUCAACCAGUGUGAUGAAUUCCCCCCUGCGCCAGGAGAUUUCCUUGAACUACCCGCCGGAAGUUCCUUUACUGUCGAAAUAGCCGCUAACCGCGGUGUGACGUCCCUGUCCUUUAAUGGACAAUUCGCAACCGAGUGGGGUGAUGGUGGAAAUCACCCCGAGGAUUACUCUAUCACAAAUUUGGGGGGCGCCCCUCUUUCUUCUAGUGGUUGCAUAGGUGAUCCUAACAUGCAUACACAGAACCAGUCUAUGGCUUCUGGGACUGCGUUCGCAAUCUCUUACCAGUCGGAUAUCAGCCAGGUUACGAUGGACAACCUCGCCGUGUUUACCGUCCGCUAUAACACCCCCUGGAAACGUGUCACAAGCUACGAUGUUCCAAAGGACAUGCCCGCUUGUCCCGCAGAUGGUUGCACUUGUGCUUGGGUUUGGAUUCCGAACGGGUGCGGCGAGCCUAACAUUUACAUGCAGGGAUUUAAGUGCAUGGUCACCAACGCUACUUCCACUACCCCUAUUGCGACUCCCAAGCCUCCUGUCUGGUGCCAGGAGGACCAGAGUACAUGUACUCAGGGCGCCAAGCAAAUCCUGAUCUGGAAUCAGGCUGAGGGAAACAACAUCGCGGUUAAUGGCACGGACCAGAGCGGCAAUUCUAAGAGCCCGGCGUACAAUAGCAACUGCGGGUUCCAGGACGGAGCACAGAAUGAUAUCUUUGGUUCAUCGUCCUCUGCCGCCGCCGCGCCUGCAGCAAUCGUUUCAUCACCGUCAUCGGCUGUUUCAUCUUAUUCGUCAACUGUUUCAUCAUCUUCAUCAGCUGCUUCAUCUUCUUCGUCAGCUGCUUCAUCAUCCUCACUACCUGCUUCAUCACUUUCACCACCUGCUUCAUCACUCUCGCCACCUGUUGCAUCACCCUCAUCAGUUGUUGCAUCACUCUCGUCAGCUGUUGCAUCACACUCGCCACCUAUUGUAUCAUACUCACCACCUGUUUCAUCACCCAUCAUCUCUUCCAGCGCCGCAGCCUCCAUGGCCCCAGCUCCAUCGUGCGAGACUUCUACUAGCACAGUGUUCAUCACAUCUACGGUCCAGCCACCCGUGGUUGCCUCCACCCCCACAUCAAGUGAUCGCACAGCCUCACAAUCGGCCAACAAUCUGGUGGCCACUGCUGUAUCAAGCACAUCGACUGUCACCCCGACAAAUCCCAAUACCUGCCGCAAGCGGAUGGUUCACAAGCCCGUCCGUCGUCGGUUCCUUUUCAAGUAGUUGAUCUACGAUGUUAUGCUGUUGAUCAGACAUCUCUUUAUUGAGCAAGCUCGACUAUCUUUUGUUAGCUUCUAUGUAAAUCGUGAGCUUCGCAUUCCAUCAAUUUCGUUCUUCUGUUGUCAUAUUCCAUGGUCGGUUGUUUAUACCCUGCAUGCCGUUGUUACCAUGUUUGUCGUUAGCAUCUCGGCGUUGGCGCUCAUUGUAUGAGGCUCAAUAUAUUUUACUCUCCAUACAUCUACCAGAUACUAGAUACUAGAUACCGCAUGCCCAAUGCUUAUGUGCUAGUCUUCACCAU